ACAAAGAAGUGUCCUUUACUAAGUUAGCAUUUCACAGUGAGAACAGAACCCGAUCCAAACAGUGGGAGGGACGGCUUUCCAACAGUCACGUUUUAGUGAAGGAGAAACUGGAGGUUUAGGGGACUGAAGUUUGCCUGUGUGAAGAGCUAGACUGAAUUCAGGGCUGGAGGAGGCGCCGUAUCCCUGCUCGUCCUCGGAGCACUUUAUUUUCCAUGACCACAGAUUCUUAAAACCAAUCGUUCAGCCAGCGUUUAUCUCUGUAACUUGAGAUUGACUGACUCCAGCUUUGAGGGUUCCUGUGGCGAUUGGCUAAAAGACGCUUCACCCUCUCCUCGUGUCUGGCUUGCAGGGGGCCAUGAUUUGUUUGACUGACAGGUGGUCUUGGUUUAGAGACAAGUCAUCAAGAUCCCCUGGUGGACAAGUGGCUUCAUGACCCCAACCUGCUCCAUUUCAGCUAAGCUUUUCACAGCUGAGCCAACUGUUAUGUGUGUGUGUGUUUGGGGGGGGUGGGGGGUGGAUGAGUUAUGUAUGUGCGAGGUUGGUGGCUAUUUUGACGGGUGUCUCUCUCGGUAUCUGAGAUUCUACUGAAGAGUAAAGGAAGUUGCUCAUUUGGCAGAAGGUCGUUGUGCCCGUUGAGGUGAUGGAGGAGAGCGGCAGGGAUGGACGGAAUGGUGUUGACCUUUUCGAGAUGUAUCCCCCCACCGCGCCCCGAGGGCCUACGGGAUCAUCUCAGCCAUCUCCAGCUUUACUCACCCUCCGCAAAAGAGCCGCCAAGGAGAUGACAGAUAUCUGUACAAGGACGAAGUUCAGGAUCACGCAGUGCGAUGUGUGCUCAAGGGGGGGUUUGAAGCACUUCAUACGCAGCCAGAUCAGUUUUGGACGCCUGCGAUGCAUCCUCUUGGUCUGUGUAAUAAUAAUGAUGAGGAGGAUCUGUACGAGUACGGCUGGGUGGGGGUGGUGAAGCUGGAGCAGCCGGAGCUCGACCCCAGCUGUCUCACAGUGCUGGGAAAGGCGAAGCGGGCCGUGCAGAGAGGAGCUACAGCAGUGAUCUUUGAUGUGUCAGAAAAUCCAGACGCCAUUGAUCAAUUGAAUCAGCUCUCUGAGGACCCCCUGAAGAGGCCGGUGGUCUACGUUAAGGGAGCUGACGCUGUUAAGUUGAUGAAUAUAGUUAAUAAGCAGAAAGUCGCCCGAGCCAGAAUUCAGCACCGUCCUCCGCGGCCGACAGAGUAUUUUGAUAUGGGGAUCUUCCUGGCGUUCUUCGUCCUGGUGUCUCUGGUGUGUCUCGUCCUCCUCAUCAAGAUCAAACUGAAGCAGAGGCGCAGUCAGAGCUCCAUGAACAGGAUGGCCAUCCAAGCUUUGGAGAAAAUGGAGACACGCAAGUUCAAGGCUAAGGUCAAAGGUCAGCGUGAGAGCAGUUGCGGUGCGUCAGAUUCACUCAGCAGCAGCUCCACGUCUGACUGCGCUAUCUGCCUCGAGAAAUACAUGGACGGAGAGGAGUUGAGAGUGAUCCCCUGCGCUCACCGUUUCCAUAAGAAGUGUGUGGAUCCGUGGCUCCUGCAGCACCACACCUGCCCACACUGCAGACACAACAUCAUUGAGCAAAAGAAAGGAAACCCAGGUCCUGUGUGCAUGGACCCAGGGAACCCAGUCCAUAGCCGGCAGCAGAGGGUGGUCCUCCCUGUGCAUUACCCAGGCAGGGUGCAUCGAGCCGGGCAAGUGACGGCAUACCCUACCCGUACCAGCAUGGACCCUCAUGGCAACCCAAUCACUGUACUAACAGUGGACCAACACCCGGACCAGACCCUUUACCCCUCACCGUCUUCUUUCAUCCGAGGCUACCCUGCCCUUCACUUGGACCACAGCCUGAACCCCCACCACUGCGGCCUGGACCACCGGGUUCCUCCUUACCCCCAGCCUCAUGCCUUUAAGCGCCCCAAGUUUCAUGGGCGUAACUUCUCUCGUGCCACUUGCUUCUCACAGUACGAGACCAUGUACCAGCACUACUACUUUCAGGGCUUGACCUUUCCGCAGCCGGAGGGUCAACCUGGUUGUGCCCCCCACAAGGGCCAAGGUCGACCCUUUCAGCCGGGACUUUUGUACCCAACUGUGGUGCACAUGGCGCCAGCGUCCUCGUCCCGUUUGGGGGACUCUGGGAGCACCUCGGGACUCAGCUGUUACCACGGCCACCGGUCAGUGUGUAGCGGCUACCUUGCAGACUGUCCCGGCAGUGACAGCAGCAGCAGUAGUUCGGGUCAGUGCCACUGUUCGUCUAGCGACUCCAUGUUGGACUGUACGGAAGUCAGCAACCAGGGUGUCUACGGGAGUUGCUCCACCUUCCGGAGUUCGCUAAGCAGCGACUACGACCCCUACGUCUACCGCAGCAAGAGUCCCUGCCGCGGGUCAGCUGGAGAGCCCGGCUCGGGAUUCCCGGUGACCUCGUCCGCAGAUGACAUUCUGGCUCCAGUUUCGGUGGGUACAGACUGCCUGCAGCCUCCCGUAGGUGCUUGCUACAGUUCCGGGGACCAGCUGUCCAACUGCAGCCUAGAACCGAACUGUAGCAGCCACUCUUCACUGGAAACCAGGGAAAUCACUAGCACUACCUCAGCCGGGCCCCUAGAGGGCUCAUCAGUGGAAACGAACCACUGUUCUAUGGAGCAUGGCGGGGAACAGGGGGCAGCAUGUAGCUGCUGUUUUGAGGUUCCUCCACUGAAUCUGGAACGUAAAGGACAGGAGGGAUGCUGCAGACGAGGUGCAGAAUCUCAAACCGUUUCCGGCGCUCCACCGCAGAACUUUUACAGCACUGGCGCUGACCGACUUUCGCCUGCUGAACACGCUAGCUACGACGGCCUGCCGUGCUGCUUCUACACGGAGAUGAAAGUGCACCACGGAAGUGUCGGCCGCUACGCCGAGGACUAUUCCGUUAACGUACAGUACGCCCAAACGGACAGCGAUGGCUGCUUGGGACAGGGCUGCUGCGAACUCGCCCAACGGAUACCCAUAAUUCCUGAGGACACAGACUGCGAAUUAGGCCUCGGUUCUGAUACUCAAACGAGCCUUCUCCCUCCCCGACUGACAGUGGAACAGGAGAACAGGACUUCUGGGGACACCAGCCAGGGGUUUUUCUCCUCAGGACAGAGUAGAGGUCAAACAUAUCAGCAGCAACAGCACGAGGAGGCCAUGGCCCUGUUCUCCUCUCAGUGCAGCGGCAUGUCUGAAACACAAGGGGGCAGCAAAGCUACACUUGAGGGUUCCCGGCUAUGAAGUAAACCCAGCUUUGCCUCUGCAGGCUGGCUUAACUCGUCAGCACUUGCCCGGCUCUCAGAACUUCGAGUGUACUUAUCAGAAAAAGGGUUGAAUUAUUAUUAUUAUUUUUUAUUUUUGGUUGAAGUGUGGUGUCAUAAUCUGGUUUAUUCCUUUCAUUCCUGUGGCCUUCAAAAGCUCCAACAACACAACUUCAAAAGCCACAUCAACAAACAUGCUGUAGCAGGCAGAGGCGUAAAAUACUGAAAACACGCUUUUAAUUCCACAAGUUCAUCGUUUUAAGAUCUGAGAAGCCGCCGUGAGAGUUCAGCACCGCUCACUCAGAUUCACAUGCUAGAUUCACGUUGCAGCUCAUUUUGUGCUCCUGAUCGUUUUAGUCAGAACUGUGUGUGUGUGUGUGUGUGUGUGUGUGUGUGUGUGUGUGAGAGCACCGUUCAGAGAAACAAACCAAAACAGAACGUGGACCUCUGAAGCCCCUCAUCAUUCCGUAGUUAGCGUCCUGCCUGUGUUACCAGCUCUGAGCCGUUUAUCUUUGCCGGAAAAAUCAGCACCAUUUUUUUAAAAUUGUUGCUGUGAACAAAAACUCGGUUCUUCUAAUGUUGUUCCCACCGUAAUAACUGCGUUCCCCCACGUUUAGCCUGGAGUUCCUCAGAUGUGCAAGUUCAGAGCUCAUCUGACUCUGCAAGAGGAACUCGUUCAUGUUUAGGCGUCUGUAGUUCAGACGGUUCUGUUCGCUGCAGAGCUGCAUUUACAGUGUUUCUGAAAAUGUUCAUUUUCCCUCAGAUAAACGGCUUUUUCAGCGUCACAGAUCAGGACUGAACAGACAGUACAAACUCCAGCAUGUUUAUCCUCUCUCUCUCUCUCUCUCUCUCUCUCUCUCUCUCUCUU